UUAGAGCAUAACUUCGAGUGCUAAUAAUAUUUCAAAUGGUGGCUUAUGCUUGUUUUUGCUUCUUUCUUCUUCCUUUUAUUUCAAGUUGCAUAUUACUUCUUCCUUGUGGCAGAGCUGCGCUUCCCAUUGAGUUAGUACUAUUGCUGACAUGCCAGGUUAAGGCGCAUAUGCCAGAGGACAAUCCGUGCCAUUCUGACGAUUAGCCGACGAGCAUACACAGCAGACACUGCUAUCUACCGUCCUUGCCUCAUCGACUGAACCUGCUCGUGCCUAACACCGAUGUAGACCGUGCGUAUCGCAACCACGACGAC